AUGACUUUCAUGAGGUACUACAGACUCAAUGUUAUGUCCACACCAUCAGUGGGGCCUGUAGUUCUGGACACGGCACACUCUCUCAACCCAGAUAAGCUUGGCAGUUCGGAGAAACUGUUGCACCAUUCCCGGCAUUACAAGAGCUCACCCGAGUCCAGUUUAGGAUAUCUGAAAUCGUACCAUCCCCAUAGGUACCCUCUCUACAUGAUGCAGCUGUACCGCUCCAUCAAGACCGCAGCCGAUAACAGCCCCUCUCCACACGAUUCUGAUUCAGUCCUCAGUCUGAUAGCAAAAGGAUGCCAUCAAGAGGGUGAGAAAUGGACCAUCACUUUCGACAUGUCCUCCAUCUCUGCGAGUGACGAAGUCCAGCUGUCAGAGCUUCGGAUCAGACUACCAGCGUUCUCCACCUCCAAGCAUGUCACAUUAGACAUUUAUCACUCACGAAAGCAGGACUGCGAGUCUGACGCUGAACUGUGCAGCGAGGAGCGCCAUCUCUUGGGCAGCUUUGGCGCAUCGCCCAGUGACACCAGGUCUCAAUGGAACGUGUUCAAUGUGACAGCUCUGCUCAAAUAUUGGCUGCACCAGGGAGACACAGUGACGCAAAGCCAAGAAGCAAGAGUCCUUGUGAUAGAGAAAGAACACGAGAGUGGGGCACCGGACGACGGAGAGGAAAUUGACAUGGCCUACAUCGGGCAUCUUACGCACAGGAAAAUGAAGGUUCACCAUCCGACAGACCAACGGGUUAUGAUGGUUGUCUUCUCCAAGCACAACCUGCCCCGAGAUGGCGAGAGCGCACCCACUCUCAUCCGUACUGUGGAGCACUCCAAAUACGCAAUUUUGGACCAAGUCAGCCGUGAAGCUCAAGGGCGACGCCACAAGAGAAACCGAAUGGAGAGAGUGCGGAUGGCCGGUGGAAUUGCAGCUAAUGCUACUGGGUCAGCGGCUGAAGCUGUCCAACGCCCACUCUGUCGGAAGAUUGACAUGUGGGUAGAUUUCGACCAGAUCGGCUGGAACGAGUGGAUUGUGUAUCCAAAGCGCUACAACGCCUUCCGCUGCGAGGGCGAGUGCCCUACUCCGGUGGAUGAAUCUUUCAGUCCCACCAACCACGCAUACAUGCAAAGCCUGUUGAGACUGUACCAUCCGGAUCGCGUGGGUUGUCCGUCCUGCGUGCCCACGCGCCUCAGCCCGCUGUCCAUGCUGUACUACGGGGACGAAGACGUGGUGUUGCGGCAUCACGAGGACAUGAUCGUGGAGGAGUGUGGCUGUCACUGA